GUUUCGGGAACUAGCGCUGCUGGCGAUCGAUCUCCCUCCCACCACGAGGCGGCGCCAGAGAUAAGACAGCCUCCGCCUCCGCGCGGCGCGGGUCGCGCUGGAGGGGCUUGGCCCUCGCGGCGCUCCGUCGCCGGGGAACGCGCUGGGAAACGGUCCGCCUCGGGAUUAGCGCGGUUGCUUGGGACGCUCGGGAUCUCCGACCAGGGGACUCUUCGGAAACUGCGGGGCACAAAGAAACAUGGCACUCCCCACACUGCCCUCCUACUGGUGUAGCCGGAGGCCCCUGGAUGAGCAGCUAGCGCGGCAGCGACACCGAGAGCAGGAGGCCCGGCUUCGACAGCAGUGGGAUGAGAACAGCCGCUACUUCAAGAUGUCUAACGUCUGCAGCUCCAAACAGGCAGAAUGGAGCUCCAAGACCUCCUAUCAGCGGAGCAUGCACGCCUACCAGCGCGAGAAGAUGAAGGAGGAGAAGAGGAGGCAUCUGGAGGCCAGACAGGAGAGACUUCAGCAGCUUCUGCUAGAGGAACAGGACCUGCUGGCCAGAGAACUGGAGGAGCUGAGGCUGAGCAUGAACUUGCGGGAAAAAAGAAUCCGGGAGCAACACAGGAAUCUCAAGUCAGCCCGGGAAGAGCAAAGGAAACUGAUUGCUGAACAGCUUUUGUACGAACACUGGAAAAAGAAUGACCCCAAACUUCGAGAGAUAGAAUCGGACCUUCACAAGAAGCAUGUGAUAAAUUCCUGGGAAACGCAGAAAGAAGAGAAAAAGCAGCAAGAAGCCACAGAGGAGGAAGAGAACACCCAGUAUGAAAAUGAAUGUGCAGCGGCCCGGAGGGAAGCGCUGGAUCGGAUGAGAGCAGAAGAGGAGAGGAGGCGGCUGGAGGAUACGCUCCAGGCUGUGGCGCUGCAGCAGCAGAUGGAGGAGUUGAGGGUGAAGGAGAUGGAGGCCACCAAACUGAAGAAGGAACAGGAGAAUCUGUUGAAGCAGCGGUGGGAGCUGGAGAGGCUGGAGGAGGAGAGGAAGCAGAUGGCAGCACUGCGGCGGAAGGCAGAGCUGGGACGCUUUUUGAGACAUCAGUAUAACGUGCAACUCAAUAGACGUGCACAGCAGAUCCAAGAGGAACUGGAGGCCGAUAAGCGUAUCCUGCAGGCGCUCCUGGAGGAGGAGGAGGAGACCCGGCUUGUGCACUCGGCGCGGCGGGAGCAGGCCCUGGCUGACGUGGCCUGGAUGAGGCAGGUCCUCGAGGAGCAACUGCAGCUGGAGAGGGAGCGGGAGGCAGAGCUGCAGAUGCUGUUGAGGGAGGAAGCCAAGGAGAUGUGGGAAAAGAGAGAGGCAGAGUGGGCCCGAGAGAGGAGCGCACGAGAUAGACUCAUGACUGAGGUCCUGACAGGGAGACAACAACAAAUACAAGAAAAGAUUGAACAAAACCGAAGGGCCCAAGAGGAAUCCCUAAGACACAGGGAGCAGCUUAUUCAAAACCUUGAGGAGGCAAGAGAGUCAGCUCGUCGUGAGAAAGAGGAGAGUGAAGAACUGAAAUCAGCCAGGAAACGGGAGCUGGAAGCCCAGGUUGCAGAGCGCCAGUUGCAGGCGUGGGAAGCAGACCAGCAGGAAGCAGAGGAAGAGGAGGCGGCAAAGCAGGCAGAGCAGCUCACCGAUGCCCUGUUAGAGCAGGAGGCAAAGAUGAUGGCCAAGCAGGGAUACCGGCCCAAGGUAGGGAGCCUGCAGGUGACAGCCACUGCUCUCCCAGGACUGUUCACAGCCCUGUGCUCAGCUCUGCUCCCUGCCAGCUCAGAUUCUUCCUUGCUCACCUGUUGUAUUUCUUUUCUCUACUAGUGGGGAACCUUGACACUGGGUCUGUUUCAUCUUUGGUGGGGCCUCUUACAGCCCUUGACGUGAUUCUGACUUGGCUCCUGUGGCUGCAACCAAGGGUUGAGGUCCUGACUGUUAAGCUGUGUGCCUGUUACCCUGUUUGGGGACAAAUAGCAAUCUAAGAGCGUUGGCCACAGCUGGUGAGAGGUGAAGGCAGUGGUUCUAGGCCCUAACUAUCCAGACAUCAGAGCCCCUGCCCCUCCUUUACCAGGGCCACCCAGGUGCUCUAAAGUGCUGCAAAACAAAGGCCGGCUCCUCUGUGGUCAGAUAACUCUGGGAAGCUGAUGAAACAUUCAGAGCAAGUACUACACCGGCUGCAGAACAUUAAUGUCCUAACUGGCUAAGGCUCUUGAGGUGCAGGGGACACCAUUUUAAACUUUCUUGGCCAUGGAUCAGUGAGUGUCUCAGGAUUAGGGUGUCACAGAACACAUGUGAAAAUGUUCCUACAUAGGGCUGGUGCUUUAAAAAAAGUCAUCAAGUGCCUCAUUUGUAGCUUAGGGUUAAAGCUGCUUUGGCUAUAAAUGAAAACAGCCAUUUAUACUGUGCUUUUUAGCUCUUACUUACAAUGGAUUAAUUCCCAGUGCUCCAGAGAGUGCUGAUCUAAUCAGUCUUAUGUUUUCAUUCUUUUUUCAGCCUUAUGGACAUCCCAAAAUUGCUUGGAACUGACUUCCUUGGUACUGGAAGCACAGAGAACAAGGGUGCUGAGGCCUUUGAUAUGCAACCGCCAAACAGUUUUACAAUGUUCUGCUCUAGUGUUAGGGUCACUGGAAAAUAGGUCAGUGAGCCUGUCAGGUCCAUGAUAAAAUGGAUCAAGGGUCUGGCCAAACUUUAAGGUGUUGUGAAUAUGCAACACCUAGUAGGAGGCCCUUCCAUGCCUUUCUUAUUCAAGAAAGGGGGUUUUAUAGUCACGCACUGAUAGUGCUGUCACAGUCUUGCACUAUAUUCAUAAAUAAUGUAAGAUUCUAAGUCUGUGCUAGGAGUUACAAGUUGUGUUCCAUGACAGGACUCAUGAUCUCCUGUUGUCUCACCCUUAAUUGUCAACCUCCAGUGAAGCCUCCAGCCAGAUAUGAGGGGAGGUUUUUCAUUUUUUAAGUUGCCAUUUAAAUUUAACUAUUCUAUUGCAGACAGACGUGUAAGAUUUAUUAAUUUAGUGGUCCCAAAAGGAUCACAUCUUGGUUUCUGAAGAAAAGAACUAUGAACCCUGAGACAGGCUGAUGUGGUCCUUGGGUGCUUUCUGGAAAGGUAGUGAGAAAUGAGUCUUCCCUCCUUUAGGAAGCACUUGGUAGAAUUUCCAAAGAGCACUGGGGAGGGGGGGAGUGUGAUCCCAACAUCUAUGUUACUGAGCCUCAAAAGGGGACUUCAGAAGGUCGCUUGGAUAGCUAACCUUUUGGUAUGACACUUUGGAUCUCUGGUGUCUCAGGAAGGUCUAAGCUACAUACAGCCUUCUAGGACUUAUGUACCCAGAGGAGGGACACUGACCCUGAAGAAACUAGAUCAGACUGAACCACAAAUUAGCCAAACGUUUCUCUUCCCACUGUUAUAUCAAUGUGACAUAGCUCUAGAUUAAUCUCUACAAGAAGUUCCUUGGCAGCAAUAUUUUUAUGACUUUUUUUUCAUAUUCUUUCUGUAAAGUUUUUGUUACAUUGUGUUCAAGAAUCCGUAUCUCAGUAAAUUACAGCUAAAUACUGUUCCAGGUUAUUAAAAACCAGAGUUUAUUUAAAAAUCCUGAGCCUAAGGGCUGUGUUGCCUUUCACUUCCAUUGUGUUAUUAAAACAAAUUAACCUGCAAACUAUAUCCUUAAUCUGUUUUUCAUUUUCUUAUCUUGAAUUUCUUUGGAUAUGAUCCACUGAGCUCCAUUUUCAUUGUGCAUGCUCAUAUUUAUUCCUGUUUCAGAUGUUCAUUACUUGUGAAAUAAAGUUCUGGUUUGACUGCAUCACUU